GGGUGUACUUUUCCCGGUUGCGUUGCUACCGCGUCUCUUGUGGCCUAAGAACCUCAAGUGAUAUAGUAUCUAGAUUCAUUAUUUCGAGUUUCUUUCUAUUUCUUUCUAUACGGCACUCUGUCAAGGUCUCCUCCCUCCCAUCCAUCUGAGUCUGAGUGUGUCUACUCAUCUCACUCAUUUGCUUACAAGAAGAAAACCCCUCAAUUUCCCUGAAAGUUUGGUUUUUCUGUGCAACAAUCAUCAAUGGCUGCAGCUUUAAGUGAUUCCAUACCCUCUGUAAACAAGGCUUGGGUGUACUCAGAAUAUGGACAGUCUGCAGAUGUUUUGAAAUUUGAUCCAAAUGUUGCUGUGCCUGAAAUAAAGGAAGACCAGGUGCUCAUCAAAGUGGUUGCUGCAUCUCUUAACCCAAUUGAUUUCAAGAGGAUGCUUGGGUAUUUCAAGGAGAUCGACUCUCCUCCACCUACGGUUCCUGGGUAUGAUGUUGCUGGUGUGGUGGUGAAGGUGGGAAGCCAAGUGACGAAGUUUAAGGUGGGGGAUGAAGUAUAUGGGGAUCUCAAUGAGAAUGCUUUGGUGAACCCAAAAAAGUUUGGGUCUUUGGCAGAGUACACUGCUUCAGAAGAAAGAGUGUUGGCUCUCAAACCCCAAAAUCUGAGUUUUGUUGAAGCUGCUAGCCUUCCCCUGGCUCUGGAGACCGCCUAUGAAGGGCUUGAACGGACUGAGUUUUCUGCUGGUAAAUCUAUUCUUGUUUUAGGAGGCGCUGGGGGAGUGGGAACACAUGUUAUUCAGCUAGCGAAACAUGUUUUUGGUGCUUCAAAAGUAGCAGCUACUGCAAGCACUAAAAAACUGGAUUUGCUGAGAAGCUUGGGUGCUGAUUUGGCUAUUGAUUACACCAAGGAUAACUUUGAAGACCUGCCUGAGAAAUUUGAUGUGGUAUAUGAUGCAGUUGGGCAGUCUGACAGGGCAGUGAAGGCAGUGAAAGAAAACGGGAAGGUUGUAACAAUCUUUGGUUCAGUAACGCCACCAGCGCUCACAUUUGUGCUGACUUCAACUGGGACUAUAUUGGAGAAGCUGAAGCCAUACUUGGAGAGUGGGAAAGUGAAGCCGGUGCUUGAUCCCACAAGCCCAUAUCCCUUUUCUAAGACUAUUGAAGCAUUUGCCUACCUUGAAACCUCCAGAGCUACAGGAAAGGUCGUUGUGCAUCCCAUCCCUUAAGAUGAUAGAGAUUGUGCAGGCAGGAAAUCAGUCAGUUUGUGUUUUAUAUAUAUUUGUAAUCUUCUGCUGGUUGUUUGAACUUGUAAUCUUGUAAUAAUGGUUGUGCAUCCCAUCCCGUAAGAUGAUGCAUGUUUUAUAUACUUAUAUGGAGUUGGUUGGGAGUUUGGGUACUUUGCACUCUGUUUUCUUCCUGGUUGCUCAUUGCAGGUAACAAAGUUGAACAGUCAGAUAUAACCUUGUAAAUUUUGUGAUAUAGUGGGGUAGAAACCACUUCAUAUAUUCAUCGUAUUGGCCCCUGGCUAUUUCCCUU